AUGUUUUUGAAGAGCUUUAACGAAGCCUCAACUGAAGCAUUUCUCCAUCUAAAUCAUCUAAUUGCUGAGCCUAUUCUGCAACAGUACCUUAUCGGCGCGAUCCGUUUGGCUGGUCGCUACGAUACAAUAUUUCCAACUGGUGUGAGCGGUCGGUCUGCUCUACUUUACAAAAUUAUCGAGACCCUUUAUGUUCUCGGUCUACGAACCGGUUUCGAAAUGACCCGCACCCAAAUGACUUCAGCCUUCCAACUUUUCUUUGCCAACUUCGAUCGAGCCGCGGCUUUACAUCUCGCAUCAUCGUAUCCGUCACCAAAUUUGUCUCCACAGCGUACACCAUCAUCGUCCAGCACCUUCGUCUCAUCCUCGCCGAAAGACCAUGACUUGGCCAUAUCAACUCCUUCAAAUAACCAUUUCAAGCCCCCUAACUCCAUUUCAGCCUUUGGUGACAAAUCCCAAAAUCAUGAAUAUAACACCUAUUUGAAAUCGAUUAACACUCCCCACUGGUGCCUCAUUCCUCCCACUGUACUUGGAGUGUUGAUCCAAGGCUGUGGUUUAAUCCGCAAUCCUCUCUCUUCGGAUCCUAUCAGUCUCCUCUUGCUCCAUAAGAUCCUUCCCUUAUCUGCAUGCUUCAGUGCUUUCACUUCAACGCUGCCAGCGUAUCUGUGCUACUUUCAAGACGUUGUUCUACACUGCCUCAAACCUUUAAUAGCACCUAGCUCUUCUGUAACGACCACUUCAACGUCCAUCUCAUCCGGCUACUUUAUCAUCCAGUUGGAUAGACAAACCUCGCAGGUGACCGUAUCCACAACAUCUGUCAGCCUGGACCCUUCUACCAGUCAAAUGGUGAUUCAGUCGCCAAUCGUACAGCCUAAAGAUUUGCACGCAUAUAAGCCUACUGACUGGCUUGUUGAAAACGUGGAGCCGAUUGGAAGUGGUAACUUACAAUCAGGAGCGCUUCUGCCUGAAUUUACUUCUACUUCCUGCUCCUCUCUAUCUCAAGAUGUAUCCAAUACUCUAUCUGAGCAGUUAUCGGUGUCCACAAAAUCUGGAAUCCCUUGUUCUUAUCUGUCCGUCAAUGCCUCUUCCGCUGGCACUACUCAUGCUCUUUUUCCCCUGAACAGUGGCGACUAUUCUACCAGCGAUAAACCAAGCAUCUAUGCCAUUACCUCUCCCUCUACGAAUGAAUCUAUCAAACUGAGCCAGAACUUGACGGAAACUGAAGUUUCCAAUCGCCGUGCGAUUUGUGAGGAACUGAGAUUAACAUUCAAUGCGAAGAUGGCUUAUCUUGCAUAUAUCCCUUUUUGCAGACUUGCUGCUUGUUUUUACCCGAAACGAGGGAGGAGGUCUCGUGGACUGCGUCAACCUAAACGUCGUAUAAAAGCCAAACGGCUGCAGUACAACGGGAUUCAUCCGUCAUCUUCUGGUGGUAUUCAUGUGGACAGAAACCUAUACAAUAGCGAACUCAUACAUAAUCUUGUUGACUCCUACGAGGGCACUCUAAUGCAGUCUGCUUCCCAAGCUGCUGACUCACAGGUUCUCUGCCGUGUUCUGCCUAGUCACAUUGGUGGGGCGUGGACACAUUAUUUUCAGCGUGAAUUCCAGCUAGAUGCCUCUCAAAGGCGUUGGAAGACCGCCAAGUUUCAGCAAGCAAAACUUCUGAGUCUUGUCGGUCAGUUGCGCUUAUUCAUGAUCACUUAA